CAAAAUUGUGAAAGAAAAAUAUACAAUUCCAAUAGUUUUGUUGUUAUUGUGAUUACGAUUGUAAUUAUUGUGUAUUGAUUUAAUUCUACGCUAAAAUGUGGAAUGUUUUGGUUUGGAUUUUAUAACCAAAGACUGCAGAGAAUAUUGAAAAGGCUACUGUUGUUGUCGACCUUCGGUGUGUUAAAACUUGGGCUACUUUAUUGUAGGAUGGCAGUUAAAAAAUGUUGUAUUGAGAACUGUCCGUCAUGCUCCACAAGAAAGGAAGAUAUCGGGGUAACAUAUCACAAAUACCCCAAAGAUGAAAGAUUAUGUGACACAUGGAUAACAAUUACACGAAACAAACAAUUUGAUAUAGCAACAACAUCAUAUGUAUGUUCACGACACUUUCGUAAAAGAGAUUUUCAAAUUUACAAGGACUGUAAAUAUGUUUUAAAGUCAGAUGCAAUACCAUCCAUAUUUCCAUGGGACAAAACUACAUCAAACAUGAAUUCAAAUGAAACGACUUCAGAAGCUGAUAAUGCAGAAAGUGCAACAUCAAGACAAAAUGAUUUUGAAAUGGAAAAUCUGGAUGCUAUUAAGAAAUUUAUAGAAGACCAAGCUAAAGAGAUUGAGGUCCAAAAAUGUGAUGAAAUUGCUGCAGCAACAGAUAAAAAGAAAGAUAUAGAGGAUAGAGAGAGAUUAAAAGAUGAAUUAACUGAAAGUGAAAUGCAAGAGGAACCAUUAACAGUGGCCACAAGUGUAAUGGAUCUCAUACUGAGCCAAUCAGAGGCUAGGAUGUUAAUUAAAAAAGAAGACAAAGGUUUUGAUAAACAAUGCGUCGGUCCAGAAGACAAGGGUAAUGUUACUUUGUCAGUUGGUUCUAAAGUUGAAGCAAAAGAUUUUGAAGAAUUUUGGCAUCAAGCAGAAAUUAUUGAAGUUGAUUAUGAUGAAAUGGAAGUGUUGGUGCAUUAUGAAAAUGAUUCUAAAAAGCAUGAUGAAUGGAUAAGUGUUAGCAGUCCUAGACUGAGACCUGUAAACAACACCCCUACCGCUACCCCUACCAUAUCUAAUUCUGAGACUACAAAUGUGGAAGCUCCUAUAAUAAAAGAAGAAGUCAAAGAAGAAAAAACAAAAUUAAAAUAUGUUGUUGGUGAAAGAUGUUUAGCACGAUGGAGGGAUAAUCGAAGAUUUAUUGCUACAGUUAAUAAAGAUUUGGGCAAUGGCUCUUAUGAAAUUGUCUUUGAUGAUGGAUUCCACUGGAAGUGUACAACAAGCAGGAUGUUUAAAUUGAAAGACACAGAUAGAAUUGAUCCUUUAAAUAUUGAUACAUCAUCAUCCUCAUCAACUUCCCCAUCUCCCAUUUCCUUUGGUCCCGGUCCUAGUACUGCAAAUACAGGAUCUCUACAAACACCAGUUUUCCAUACCCAUCUCUUUGAUCCGACCCGUGAUUAUUUAGGUUCAAAAAGUGAACGCCGUGAAAAGAAACGAAAGUUAAACAUAAAAGAAAUAUUCAAUAUCGGCCAAAAGAAGAGGAAGAAGCAAAAAUCACCAAAGGAACCGAAUUCGAAAGCACCGAGAGUUAUUAAACAGGAAAAACCUAAGCCUGUACAAAAAAAAAUUAAACUAGAAAAUGAUGUUGGCAUGAAAAAUGACAUACCAGAUGCUCUGGCAUCUAUAAUAGGUACAGUCGCCAAACCAGAGGUUGAUAUUAAACAUAAAACAGAAGUUGAAUCUCCAAAAGUUGAGUUGGACAAUAAAGAAGAUGAUUCUAUAAAUAUUCCACAAAAUGUAGAAAAUGUUCAACAUACAAAUAUUUCAGAUGUUAAGGAAGGAAUAGAGGUGGCUGAAACUAGGAACAGUCUUGAUCCAGUAUUAGAAGAGGAAACAAAACUUGAAAAUUUUGAAGUAGGGGAUGACAAGACACAUGAAGAAGUAAUUGAUAGGAUUAAAGAAGCCAUUAUUAAAUUGGAGGAUGGUAUGAACAAAACAGAAAAGGUAGAUUCACCUAAAGAGGAAAUACCAGAAGAAGAAGACGAAGAUGAAAUUAAAGAUGAAAUUGAAGCCAUUCCAGUUGAAUUGACAGAAGAAAAACUACCAUUACCUGAACAAUCAGCAAUGACUGAUAAUGAAAGUAAAGGUCAGACUAAGAAAACUGUGUCACAUUUAAAAAGGAAUAAGAAAUUAAGGUUGUUACAGGCGAAAGCAAAAAAGAAAAUGGAAAAAGUAGAAUGUGAAUUAGCAGAGAUGAAGCGGCAGGUGGAAGAGAUGAGGAAACAGAUUGUGAGAAAGCAAGAGAUGCCAGAGAGUUUCCUGUUGCCUGGCGAAUGGUGUUGCAGAUGGGUCAAUGGACAGCCAGUGGGCUCCGUCAGUGAAAUAGAAAGUGAAAUAAAAGUAGAUCCAAACAGUAAACCACCUUUACCAAGACGAAGUGUUCAGGUGGAAGAUAAACGUUUGCCUGCGGGAUGGACGAAGCAUAUGGUACGACGAAGUUUCGGCAAUUCAGCUGGGAAGUGGGAUGUUGUUCUGGUUAGCCCUGAAAACCGUCGCUUUCAUACUAAAACUGAUAUGCGAAUGUACAUCGAGAAAGAAGCUACCGUAGAUCUCAGACCUUACGAACAUGCUUUACUGGAUUUCGGUAUCCAUUUGAAGCUAGCGAGGCGUAUGGGUUGGGUCACCCACACAGGUACCGAAGAGCCGGUUACACCCUUACCAGCCGGUAUGAUAAGCAGCACAUCCCCACUUGUCAAGAGGAAAAAGCUUAGUCUCAACAGAGUUAAGGGUAUAGUUAAAUCAAAGGAAAAGAAAAGGAAGUGGAGUGGAGACGCUAAGAUACGUCGUAUGCAUAAACAUGCAAAUGCUGGUUUACCUGAAACAAGCAAUGAUAUUUUUGAUUCUACUAGUAAUGUUGAAACACCUAAUGAAAAUGCCACUUUAGAAGAUGGAUACGUUUUUGUUGGAUCUUUAAAAGUACAAGUCAUCGAAAACUUAUUACGGUGUCCAGCUGAUGGUUGUUUUAAGAACUUUAGAAAUAAUACACUAUUGAAAAUGCACAUCAAACAUUACCACCGAGAACUAAGGAAACUGCUCGGCUCUACGCCUAAAGUUCUAGACUUAGCUUACGCUAGAACUAGACCAACUAAAUUACAAAUGACUAAAUUGAAAAAGAAAAGAGAAAACAAAGUGAUUAAAGUAAAAAUACCUAAACCUAUGAAGCGUACCGAAGACAAAAUAGAUAUAAAUGAACUGAACGCUGAACUACAAGUGGAUAUACCGAUAUCUUCACCACCAGAUUUAGGAAGUCUACCAAAGGAACAAGAUUCACCCAAACUGCGUAACGCACUAGUUAAUAAACCAGUUAAAAGACCCAAAGUCUUACUUCCAGUUAAAAGACUAGAUUCAGAUACGAAUGAAAACUUUGGGGAACUAGGAUUAGAAGCGAGAGGUAGUACGCCAGUUAGUAUACCCGAGGUAUUCGAUUUUGAAAGGGGUAUAUCGACUCAUACAGUCACAAAACCGAUACCAGAUUUAAAGAAGAAAGAUAAGAAGCGAAGAGAAUUCGCUUCUUUCCCUAAUAAUCAAAGCGAGGAUGAUGAUUGGUUUUCAAUGAAUUCUGAUAUAGAAACGAGGUCCAGUUUCCCAGGCUCCGGUACUCCGGAUUCGAAGACGAUGGAAAAUAAAACUUCAGUCAAUGCUGCGCCGUCUUCGGAGUCUAAUGAAGAUCAGAAGGAAACGAUGUACACGUACACGGAGACGGGCGAGCGCGUUAAGAUAGUUCAGAUGAAGCGCGAGGAGAUUAUAAAUUGCCACUGUGGGUACCGCGAGGAGGACGGGCUGAUGGUGCAGUGCGAGCUGUGCCUGUGCUGGCAGCACGCGCUCUGCCACAACAUACAGAGAGAGUCAGAGGUUCCAGAGAAGUACACGUGCAGCAUCUGCCUGAACCCGAAGCGCGGACGACGGUCGAAGCGCUUCGUGCACGACCAGGACCGGAUGUACGAGGGCGUGCUGGCUGGUGGGGCUAAACCUGCGGAGCCGCUGCGGCGCGCGCACGAGCUCGCCGGCAACCUGCUGCGCGUGCAGGACGCGCUGCACGCGCUCAGGGUUAAAUACUACGUCGCCACGAAGAAAGAUCAUCCCAAGUUGUAUUUAUGGGCGAAAGACUGGGAGAACACGGAAUUGACUAUGACACAGGAGAAAUUGAACUCGGACUAUUCGGAUCUUAAUAUAAUGAUACAUAAUAUUGGGAAAGAGAACUUGCCCUUAAAGACGGAUGACGUCAGAGAUAUAGCAAUGGACGUGACGUCAGAGGAGGGCGAGAGGUUCACUCAGAGAGAUAUACCUCUCGGCCCUCAGACACUACUUAGCGGGUUACUCUCCAGUCCUGGCGGCACUUCCUUGGAACUGCCUAUUAGUACUUCAGAGUUGGAGAGAUUGGCUAAAUGUGUUCAAGAACAAGGGCCAGCAGUCCGCGUGCCACAGCCCGAGGCUGCGAUAGAGAACAGCGCGUGUCGCGAGCGCCUGCUGCGUCACAUCCAGCGCUGUCAGGCACUCCUAGACUCACGGCUGGAUUCAAUUGAGGCGCAGGUCGCGGAAUUGGAAUCCCAAGACCCAUUAUUCGAGGAUGAUGAAACGGCGGAGUUCUUCCCACGCACCAAGCAGACGAUACAGAUGCUGCUGCGCGACCUUGACACUAUGGAGGAACUGGGUGUCAUCACUUAAACGCAUCAGAUUUCGUUAUUAAUACAUUCAGUACUGGCGACUGGCUGAAAUGUAUCGGCAGAAGAGAAAUCAUAAAAAUCUUAACCAGCAGUAAAUAUUUGCAUAUUGAUUCUUUUAUAAGUGCACAUUGUAGUGAGGAAUUCCCUCGAAAUAAUAAAAC